AUAUUAUAUAUCAUUUAUGGUAUAUCGUUUAUGACUUGAAAAAUGGCGGUUUUUGUGACUUUGUUGUUAUUGCAUUUAUAAGGUGGUACAUACAAUUUCAUAAUCGGAAAAUUAAGAACUAUAAACAAUAUGGAACAACAACAACAACAACAACAGUUACAAACUGCAUUGACAGCAAUUAAAGUUUUGCGUUCAAGUGUUGGUCAAGUAUUUGAUUCUUUGGGAAAUGGAUUACGUGCUGAUCAUGGAGAAGAAAAUAAAGAAAAUAAAUAUUUGCUUGAAUUACAAGAGCUAUUAACAACUGUUAAUGUGAAUCUAAGAGAUGUUGAACAAGCUGUAAGUAGUUUAAAUCCACCACCAGGAGCAUUUCAUUUAGCAAGUACUACAUAUCUUAGUCAAGAAACAACACAAGAAAGACAAGCAUUAUAUAGUACAUUAGUCAAUAGUUAUAAAUGGACAGAUAAAGUUCAUGAAUAUAGCAAUGUUGCUCAAUCAAUACUUAGUCAGAAUUCUUUAAAAAGAUCAUACAAUACAACUAGCAGAGCAAAAAGAGGUAGAAUUCAAACAAGUAAUCAUAAUGUUCCUCAACAGCAAGUAGAUUCUUUAAUAGCUACAUUUGAUAGACUUUUUAGUGAUAUGACAGUAUCUGUCUCUCGACCAUUUGCAUCAAAUGCAGUGUUACAUGUUACAUUAGGACAUGUUUUGAAAGGAGUUAUAGCAUUUAAAGGUUUAAUGAUUGAAUGGGUAGUAGUUAAAGGUUAUGGAGAAACUAUGGAUUUAUGGACAGAAUCUAGACAUAAAGUUUUUCGAAAAGUAACAGAAAAUGCUCAUGCUGCAAUGUUACAUUUUUAUUCUCCUACAUUACCUGAAUUAGCUGUUCGAUCAUUUAUGACUUGGUUUUAUAGUUUGAAUAACUUAUUUAGUGAUCCAUGUAAACGUUGUGGUUUACAUUUACAUAGUGCUUUACCUCCAACAUGGAGAGAUUUUCGAACUUUGGAACCCUAUCAUCAAGAAUGUAAACCAUAAGUAUUUAAAGAAAAAUUUUAUAAAUUGUAUAAAAUAAUAUUAAAUAAUAUAUUUUCAUUCUUUUAUAAAAUGUAUUUAAUUAAAUAUGGUAUAAAAUCUAUAAAAAUGAAAAUUCAUAAAAUCUAUAAAAAAAUAUGAUAAAUAUUUAUAUAUACUUCUUCCUGUUUAAAUAAAUAAAAGAACAAUGAUAUUA